UGCAACCAAAGCAGUUCCGGAUCGUCUUUGAGCAGCUGCAUGGUGGGAAAUGUAGUCCUCAUCCUUGUAUUCCGUUCCCACCGUCUCCGACGCGAAAGAUGCCUGCCGUACACCACAAAUUAUUACUCGAGGAGGCCCUGCAGGACAGUCCGCAGACGCGGUCCCUGCUCAGUGUGUUUGAGGAGGAUGCAGGCACACUCACUAACUACACAAACCAGCUGCUGCAGUCUAUGCAAAGAGUGUUUGGAGCACAGAAUGAAAUGGCUCUGGCGACAGAACAGCUUUCUAAACAGCUUUUGGAUUAUGAGAAACAGAAUUUUGCUCUGGCGAAAGGCGAUGAAGAGGUGAUCAACACUUUACAGCACUUCGCCAAAAGCGUGGAAGAGCUGAACUCUCUGCACACUGAACUGGCCACUCAGAUCGCUGACAAGAUGGUGUUUCCCAUGGUGCAGUUCAGAGAGAAGGACCUUACAGAGAUCAGCACACUGAAGGAGAUAUUCGGCAUUGCCAGUGAUGAGCAUGAAGCUGCCAUGGUGAAAUAUAGUCGCUUACCUAAAAAAAGAGAAAAUGAAAAGAUAAAAGCGGAGGUGGUGAGAGAGGUGGCGUAUUCCCGCAGGAAGCAGCAUCAGGCCGCCAUGCAGUAUUAUUGCGCUCUGAACGCGCUGCAGUACAGGAAGAGAGUGGCCAUGCUGGAGCCCAUGCUGGGAUUCACACACGCUCAGAUAAAUUUCUUUAAGAAGGGGAUGGAGCUGGUGUCCAAGAAGAUGGACAGUUUUCUAAGCUCAGUUUCCAGCAUGAAUGAGAGUAUUGAGUCUCAGCUAGAGGUCGAAGCAGAGGUCAUGCGCUCGUCUCAGAGAGAGCUCCUGUCCGUGGAUGACACCGCCUACAUGCCGGAUCACGAUCAAGUCCCCGUGAAUCGCGCCCUCAUCCAGAAAGCAGGUUACCUCAACAUCAGGAAUAAGACGGGGCUGGUGACUACGGCGUGGGACCGGCUGUUUUUCUUCACGCAGGGGGGGAAUCUGAUGUGUCAGCCGCGGGGCGCAGUGGCAGGCGGGAUGGUUCUGGAUCUGGACAACAGUUCUGUCAUGGCCGUGGAGUGUGAGGACCGCCGCUACUGCUUCCAGAUCACUUCACCCAACGGAAAAACGUCUCUGAUUCUUCAGGCCGAGAGUAAGAAGGAAUAUGAGGAGUGGAUUUGCACCCUGAACAACAUUUCCAGACAGAUUUAUCUAACCGACAAUCCUGAGGCUGUGGCGAUCAGGUUGCACCAGACGGCCCUCCAGGCUGUGACGCCCAUCACCAGCUUUGAGAAGAGAGCUGAAGGCUCUCCUAACCCAGACCGAGCGAAACCAGGUGGUGUGGUCCCUAGAGAGCCUCAGAAACCGCCUGCGACCCUCGAGCCCGAAGAUCUGAUCGCCCCGGGAACACCAAUCCAGUUUGACAUCGUUCUGCCUGUGUCCGAGUUCCUGGACCAGAACCGAGCUGGAGCAAGACGCACAAACCCCUUUGGAGAGACGGAGGAUGAUGACAGCGGUUCAGACACACAUGAUUCCCUCCUGCAGCAGGUGUUUGCUGUGCGGUUCUUGGGUUCGAUGGCCGUUCGGGCCGGUGACACACAGGAAGUGAUCUAUGAAGCCAUGAGGCAGGUUCUCGCCGCUCGCGCAAUUCACAACAUCUUCAAAACCACCGAAUCCCAUCUGAUGGUCACCAGUACCUGCAUUAGACUGAUCGAUCCACAAACGCAAGUCACCAAAAUCAGUUUCCAGCUGAAGGAUGUGACUCAGUUUGCGGCCCAUCAGGAGAACAGCAGGCUGAUGGGGUUCGUUCUGGAGGGGAGCGACUGGAGCAACGGAAGCGACGAUGAACCUUCCUUCAGCGUAUUCGUGUUUGAGAGUAACACUGAAGGAGAGAAGAUUUGUUACACGAUAAACCUGGGGAAAGAGAUCUCAGAGGCGAAGAAGGACCCUGAAGCGCUGGCCCAGCUGUUGAAGUCAAUGCCCCUGACAAACGAUGGGAAGUUUUUGCUGCUGGAGAGCGAGACGGGAGACGCAGCGGAAGCAUCCGGACAGGACGACCUGGAGUCAGAGGCCUGAUGUGAACACAAACACACUUUCAUUUCCUGCUGCUGUUCUCCUGUCCUCCCUCCCUCUCUCCAGACAGACUAAAUGAAGGAAAGCAACCGGUGGUGGAGGGAACGGCACUCAUUUGUUUAACACUUACCCAGUUUUAGAUGCUCCCGAUGAGAAGAUGAAGGUUAAAGGUGUCGGUCUUGUUUAACCUCUCAGUUUGAAUACAUCAGACAUGAGUUUACUUAAUAAUUCACCCAAAAAUGAAAAUUCUCACUAUUUCCUCGGCGAAUAACUGCUUCAAAUUUGAUUCGUUCCUCAUGCAUUGUUAUUGCAUGACUCUGAAUAUAGUGCAUGAGACAAAUGAUGGGAACCAACUUUAUUAUACGUUAAUGGUACUUUUACGGGGCAAAAUACAGCUUCAGUUUCACUUGUAUGGAAAAGAGCAACUUUUCAUUUUUGGGUGUACUGUCCCUUUAAGAAAAGGGCCUUUCUUUUAUCAAAUCUCUUUGCAUUUUGAUUUACAUUGUAUUUUUAUGGUUAAAAUCGUUUCUUAAUGUCGGAUGUCGUUUCAACUACAAACUGGUUUUGUUUUAAAUAAUAGUUCAAUCUGUCGCUCAUAAUAUAGAAAAAUUUGAUUUUUUUUCACACUACAUUGUGAAACCUGAACCUUUAUUUGCACUUUCUUGGUUCCUGAUGCAUCUGACACGUUAAAUGCUGAUUUCAGCACAUCAUACUUAACAUUCCAUUCAUCUACCAUUCCACUUUUGUUGCGAUGCUGUUUAUAAUUAAGUCUCGCAAAACUGCUAUGAAUCCCAAUUUGCAUACUGCAUCUCAAUUCUCAGUACAUUGAACACAGUUGCUUGAAUGCUAUACCAUUUCAAAUGGAGUUUUGAAAUAUAGAUUCAUGCAGCUAAUAUUGCUGUGAAAGAGGAGUUUGUGUUGUUGGUAAAAUGCUGCUGCAGCAGUUUAUAAAUGCAUAAACCUAAAUAUUAAUGAAUUUUAAGGUAACUGAUUUAGCUAUAUUGUAUGAAUAUCUGUGCUAUUUAGGCUAUGGAAGACUGCAUUGGCUAUGAUCGACUCGAUGACAAACGCUAGACUAAGACACACUUUUCCGCUCCUCAAAUACCUAAAAUAUAUAUACCUAUAUAUAUGUGUUUCUUGAGUAAAGAAAACGCUGUACUUAUUAAAAAAACAGUUCUUUAUUUACCCUUGCAUUGCAAACAAGCAGAAACGGUCCAAACUGCAGCGGCGCUUCAGUUCAUUCAGGAUUGAAGUUAUGAGGUUUGACUGACAGAUUGAAGAUCCAAUGGAGUUACGAGGUUCAGUCACAAUAUCUUUUUAAUACUUUAGAUUGGUUAAAUAUUUGCUAAACGUACAGCCUUAAAGGGUGACCAACAGUACGCUUCGUCCGAAAUUGAAUACUUCCCUACUAUAUAACAUGAGAAAAACAGUACGACAGAGUAGUAUGUCUGAAUUCAUAGUAUCCGGAAAAACAGUAGGCGAAAAGUACCUGGAUGACCUACUGCUACCGGCGAGAUUCUGAAGUGCGCAUUUGAUGGACACUUUAUCUAAUGUGGCUACGGAAGAGGAUUUAUGAAUGGAGGUGAAGCGCGCUGGUAGGUCACGUGGUAAUGACAACAUGGCGGAUGUAGUACGAUUACGGAUUAUAUUUAUACAACAAUAGUCAACGUUUAAAGUGGAUCAAAAAAAGUUCAUCAAAGUUGUCCUGAAACUAAGUUGUUAUAAGAAGGUUUUAGGACAACUUUGAUUAAAUGUUUUGAUUUUAACGGUCGCGAAGUUAGUUCGAAUUCAAAUGUAGUACCUAACGUACGCAGUACGCGAUUUCGGACACACCGGUAGUUUUAUGGAAAAAAUAACGAUGAGGUUAACAUGUAUUACAGUGUAUCAAAACAAAGAAGAGAGCCUGUUUUUUAUUUUUGUUUUGAAGAAAAAAAAAUUAUUCUCGCAUAGUGCAUUUGUUUUAUUAGCACUUGAAUGUGGGUAAGUUUCAUAAAACAGCAACAGUUUAAACAAAAAGUUGAGAAAAUCCUAAAGAUUUAGGAUUCAGAACGAUGUGAAAACAUAGAUUGGCAGAAAAUCUCGUCAGUGGCGGGGAAAGAGUUAAAAAAAAAAGGGGCUUGAUAUCAAAAUGCAAUUUAUGACUUGCUACAUAAAUGUACUUCACAAUCACCAGUUAAGUAUUUACUUUCAUGUAUGCAAAUUGGGAUUCAACAGAAUGCAAAAAAAAAUGGCACUUUUUUUCUUAUUUUUGGUUGUCAUUUUUUUAAACGUGCAAUUUAGAUGCGUUUAAAACGCUUUAAUUUAAAAACACUAAUACAACAUUACUUCCUGUGGUCUGUUUACAUUAAAUACCAUUGAAAGUUUUAUAAUACAUAAAAUGAAAUAGGAAAUUCAGACAUCCUGUAGAUGAAAAAAAAAAAAAAAAAAACCCUGCAGAAUAUAUUUUAACAUUCAUUCUGUGGAAAAAUUUAUCUCAGGGUGAGUCUGCUAACAAAACUAAAUAGUUUUUCCAAACGUUUUGUUGUUGUUUUGGUGCUGAAGGGCAUUUUCCCCUCAGUAUUUCCUGUGUGAUCAGUUUGGUCUGUGCAGGUGGAGCAGCACAUCCACAGCGCUUCAUUCAGUACAUACUCGUUUAUCUGUAAUCAUCUGCUUGUACUGAACGUUACGACUGUACGUGUCGAAAUAAAGUUCUGAAAGAGGUUUGCUAGCGAUUUGAAUGAAGUUGAACUGUUUACAUUUAUCACAAACUGAUCCUGAAGUGUUCACCAAACUUUAAAAAUGCCUCAGUAACUAUCUGACGUUUAACCUGCGAUGAGCUUGAGCAUGAUGUAUGCUGAAAAAUAAAAUCAUUCAUGAACAUGG